CACGUUCACCGGGACUCUCGGCUGCGCGGAUAUAAAUCGAUGCGUUUUUAUAAGAUCGCUGACAAGAAAUUACAGUUGAUGAUUUUAAAACGUGAGGUGAGAGAACCACAACUAUUAACGCGCUUGCGUCCACAUUUCGGAAAAAAAAAAUACAAACGGAAGGUUGAGACGGAUAUAUCCUGAGAAGGGUAUAUGGACUUCUUCAAAAAGCCGAAAUUUAAUUGAUUUGUGUGUAAAGCCGACCAAUCCCGCAGGUGACAUUUGAGAGGCUCUCGUGUUUCAGACCCUGACGUGUUCUCCAGGGCCCUUCAUUUCGGAAAACUUUGCUCUUGUCUCUUGCAGAUGGUAGGAGGGAUGUGCAGCCAAUCAGCGGCGAUUCAUCGCUAUUAAUGCGCACUUACAAGGAUGGGAACACACUCUGCCGCCAGCACCUAUCACCAGCGCUUGAGAACAUCAGCCGCUGGAUAUCCACCACUUGCUUGGAUCUGUUAACCCUUACUGGCCCAUCUGCGACUGUGUUUUUUUUCUCUCCUUUUGGCGAUCUGAUUGCGGAUACUACGCCCUGAUUCUAAGUGAGCCAUGUCAGUGCUGCCUUCUUUCGGUUUUACUCAGGAGCAAGUGGCUUGCGUCUGCGAAGUUCUCCAGCAAGGAGGUAACUUGGAGCGACUGGGUCGGUUUCUCUGGUCCCUUCCAGCCUGCGACCACCUCCACAAGAACGAGAGCGUCCUGAAAGCGAAGGCGGUCGUGGCUUUCCAUCGGGGCAACUUCCGAGAGCUCUACAAGCUUUUAGAGAGCCACCAGUUCUCGCUGCACAAUCACCCCAAGCUCCAGCAGCUCUGGUUAAAGGCCCAUUACAUCGAAGCCGAGAAGCUACGGGGGAGGCCCCUCGGUGCCGUGGGCAAGUACAGGGUCCGACGGAAAUUCCCCCUACCCCGGACGAUAUGGGACGGGGAAGAGACAAGUUACUGUUUCAAAGAGAAGUCGCGGGGCGUCCUGAGAGAAUGGUACGCUCAUAACCCUUACCCGUCGCCGAGAGAGAAACGCGAGCUGGCUGAAGCCACGGGGCUCACCACUACUCAGGUUAGCAACUGGUUUAAAAACAGAAGACAGAGAGACCGAGCGGCGGAGGCGAAGGAAAGGGAAAACAACGAAAACACAAAUUCUUCUGGCAAUAAACAGAACCAGUUGUCCCCUAUCAAUCGCAGUAAAAACCUGAUGUCUAGUUCGGACGAGGAGUUAUCGCCGCCCCAGAGUCCAGACCAUUGCUCGGGCAGUCCCGUGUUACUCUUGUCCGGGAGUCUAAACCAAUCCGUGGAUUCAACCUUCUCUCUUCACGGCCUGACUUCUUCGCCAGGCGGCCACGCCGGCUCGAUCCAUGCGCAUGGACUGCAGGACUCGCUUCUGGGCACUCUCACAUCCAGUCUGGUCGAUCUGGGAUCGUAAAAACAAAAGAACAAAUCACCGCUGGAGAGCCCACGUAUGAACUGAUCAGCCACUCCAGUACUGUACUGUGUAAAUAAUUUAAGUCGUGUCGAGGUUAUGGAUUUGCAACUGAUGGUACUUAAUCUGUGAAAAAUAACGAGAUGCUCGCCUUUAUUAUAAAAAAAACACUUCAUAGACUGCUGAGAGGCUUAAUAUUUCACUUAAUGCUCUUCAAAUCCCGAUGCUCUUCCACCGCACAAAGGGCCUUGCACAUGAAGUUAAGAGAAGUGCCCGCCAAUUCUGAUGUUGGCAGGUCCCAGCAUCUGUCAGAGCGCAACCUGGAUUACAUCCCGUUUUCGAUCUCCUUGCGUUUCUUGAGAUUCUUGACUGAUGGUGAACCUGAGACCAUUUGUCGAGUAGGAGGAAUAGUCUGAAACAGAGGUAACUGCAGAGCAAAUUAAAAACAAAAGCCCACAACAUUUAACCCAUGCAAGGUUCUGGCACAAGAGGCGAUUGGAAGUUUACAUUUUCACCGGUGGUGUUUGGAGAGAGUAAGAUGGAAGUAGUUUAUAAUAAAAUCCAAACAUGUGAAAAGCA